AAAAUGCUCGAUGCCUGUAAUUACUAGAAGAAAACGUUAUUAUGGAUAAACAUAAGCUUAAAAGACAUUCCAGUGAGAAUCUGGAUGACAUCCCUAUGCCAAAAACAACGGAUGCAAGGGUCAAAAUAAUGAGACAUAAAAAGGAUACCACGGAUAAGAAUUCUGAUAAAAAUGACACAAAUCCUAAAGAGGUAAAAGAAGAAAGAAGUGUUACAAGUUCUGGUCACAAAGAUGAUACUAAAGGAAAAGAUGUAGAAAUGAAAGUUGUUGAUGAUUUAUUUCAGGAAUUUUUGUCUAAAAAGUUGGAAGAUAUAGAAAAAAAUCCAACCAUCAAAAUUGAAUCGGAAACAAAAUCAUCUAACUUAAAAGAAACUGAUAAAGUUAAAGUAAGUAAACAUAAAAACCCACCCAGCAGUAAGGUCAGAGAUAAUGGCCAUUCCAGCAGUAGCAAAGAGCCUGAUGUUAAGAAAGAGAUCACAAAAGAUGGUCACAAAUCUUCGAAAGAUAAACAUUCUGAAUCUGAAACAAAAAGAAAAGACAGUAAAGAGAAGAGUAAAAAACAUAAAAAGCACAAAAGUAAAGACAAAUCUAGGAAAAAGCAUAAAAAGGAUAAAAAGCAUAAACAUAAAAAGUCACAUAAAUCUGACAAAAAAACUGUUGCUCCACCAGUGAAAGUGCCAUCUGUGAUGGCCUUGGAGUCUGAUUCCAGCGAUUCAAGCUCAAGUAGUGAAGGUAAUGCCCAAGAUGACUCAUUUUAUAAAUCAUACAACGAACAAUUAGGAAAGACCAACUUAGACAUCCCUACUAUAGACAUCAAGAAAACUGUAACGUUGAAUAGAGAAAAUAUUACAAUAAAAGUGAAAAAUGAUCCUUCGGAUGAACCACAGAAAAGAACAAUUGAGAAGGGAGGGGAUACAAAAGAAAUAAAAUCUCUUGAGUCUGAUAAAGAAAAGGAGCAAAGGUAUAGGAAUAGUAUACUUAGCAGACUAGGUAGAAAGAAAGACAAUGACUCUGAAGCUGUUCUAACUUGCAAACUUCCCCCACCAGAUUCCACACCUAAACUCAGUAUUCAUAGCAGGCUUGGAAAAAAGCCAGACUCUGUAAAAGAAAAAUCACAUAGAAUAGGUGAUAUACCAAAAUUAAAGUCUGAUACUAAAGAGAGACCCAAGACACCCCCUUGUAGUAAAAGUACCAAGAAGCAGCAUAGUGAUGAUGAUGAUACAACAAAGUCACUACCAGAGGCAAAGCCCAGUAUCUUGAGUCGACUUGGUAAGAAACCAGAUGUAGAAACGAAUAAGGCCUCACCUUUUGCUGUGCCAAAGAUACCAGUAGAAAGGGUAAAAAAGGAUUCUCUAUCAAAAAUUGAUGAAAAACCACCAUCCAAAGAACAGUCAGUUGUGAAUAAUCGUGAGAGAAAAGUUGGCGACAAGAAAACUAGUGUCAUACAUGUUGUUGGCGUCAAAUCUAAAGUUCCAUCCUUGCCUACUAUGGUUCCUCAUCCCUCUGAAGCCUCAGCCCCCACCAAUGGCAAACAAACUAGUGCUGAGGUCAGUGCUUCAGUAGAUGCAUUCCUGAACUCACUAGGUUCUGAACUUACAAAAACGUCAACUGGAAAUGUGUUUGAGACACCUCAGGCUCCAGCUGCUACAGUGAAGAAGCCAUCAACAGGGUUUAAGAUAGGUCUGAAGUUGUCUGAUACAACGGCUGAACUCAUAUCUUCAGGGACUAUUGUGGAGAAUGACCCCAAGAAACAAAGUUUAGAAGAAGGUGAGCUGACGCCAGAUACAGAAGAUGAAUCCAGUUCUAGCUCAGAUUCAGAAUCAGGUUCAGUGAGCCAUGACAAUGGUUUCUAUGGCGACGGCGAGAUAGACUCUGAUGGUGAACCUGUUGACAAGAGAAAGAAACGUAAAAAACAUCGCAAGAAGAAAGACAGGAAGGAGAAAAAGGACAAAAAAGAGAGGAGUAGGGAACGGAGCAGAUCUAAACGUAAAACUUCCAGGGAUAGGUCAAGGAGUCCCAAGCGGUCUAAGCGGUCAUCUUCCAAGGAGAGGCGGUCAUACGACAAGGACAGUGGAGUGUGGAGAGACUCGGAUAGAACAAGACGGCACUCUAGGGAAAGAGACUACGAUUCAUCAAGAAAGAGGAGGUCUAGAUCACGGGAGCGUUUUAGAGAUAGAGACAGGGACCAUUUCAGGGAUAGGAGAGAUGACUAUAGAAGGUCAAGGUCGCGUGAGAGGUAUAGGCGGAGGUCAAGGUCAAGAUCACGAGAGAGGUCACGUGCAAGAGCUGAUUCACUGAGAAUAGAUAAAAAGAGACUGAGAGAAAUAGCAAUAGCUAAAGCCUAUGCUAACAUGAAGGCAGGGGUAGGACCUGCAGUCAAUCUGAGGCCAGAAGAAGUGGCUGCUAUCAGGUCUGGUGGUAAAUCUGUCAACGAACUGACCGACUUUUGUAAGAAGAUCUCAGAGAAGCAAGGCCACUAUCAUUCCUCUGGGGAGGACUCUGACCUCAAUAGACCUGUGAAUUCAGAUGAAGAUGAACUGUUCAUUAAUCAUCCAUUCAAAAUGAGGGAUGCUCCUAUUACAAUGAACAUAAGGGACUCUAGAGCAUUACCCGUAAUGAAUUCUGUAGAGAAGUCCAAACUGACUGGCCAGCUACGUAUUGAAUUCCCAGUAUCUAGUGGCAACCAGCACAGGGUGAAAGAGAGUGAGAUAAGCAGUUCCCAACAGGCUUACGGGGACUGGAUGCCUGUGGAGAAAAAGAAAGAUGAGGAGAAACCAAAGGUGAAACCUGAAGAUAAGGUCUUCCCUGAUGCUACUCCAUUACCUGCCAAUGUGGACAUAGGAUCUGUUGUAUCAGAAAGACUAAAGGCUGUGAGAAAACUACAGGACAAUCCUAAUGACGUACAAGCCAUCAAUGAAAUGUAUAAAGUCAAUAAAAAGAUGAGCCAGUGGGCAGAGUCCAAGAACCAGCCAGGGGCUUUCACCGGGUCAACAGGGGCCAAAGUCCUGUCUCAAUCUGAACUCAUGGGGCCAGAUAAGAAACGACAGGCUUGGAUCAAAAAGGACGUGUUCACCAAUGCUGCCCCCCUAGGUGCAGGGAUAGGUAAGCUCCUCUUACAGAGGAUGGGCUGGCAUGAGGGACAGGGACUCGGUAAAGACAACGAGGGAAGCAAGGAACCACUCAUGCUCGACUUCAAAAUUGAUAGAAAAGGUCUACAGAGCAUGGGAGAGAAAGCCAAGGGGGCAGGUGUAGGAGUGAGGGUCAUACAGAAGGAUUUGUCAGGUAAACAUCCUGUCUCUGCUCUGAUGGAAAUCACAAAGAAACGUCACUGGCCAGCUCCGUUAUUUCAAGAUGUUCACGAAAGUGGACCUGCUCAUAAGAAGAACUUCCUAUGCAAGGUGACUGUAAAUGGCACAGAGUACCAGCCAUCUGUAGCUAGCAAUAAUAAAAAACACGCAAAAGCCCAAGCUGCCACUGUAUGUCUGCAACACUUGGGUAUGGUUCCCAUGAACCCAUUACAGCCAUUGUAG